GGCUUUUGAACUUCCUUCCCAGCCAAAGAGCUGCAGCAGACAGAGAUGGAGAAGAGAAGGGAGGUUUCUCAUUAUUAGAGACAAAGGCAGCAGGGAAGAGGCUGAGCUGCCGGGCUAAAACCAUAAGAAGACUCUUGCUGCACCUGAUCAGCACUCCCAUCUGUGCUCAGGAUCUGGGCCGUUCUGGUUGCUUAAAAGAAGGACUUUGAUAACCGAGCUGCUUCUUGGUUUGCUUGAAACCAUCAUUUACUCCUGAGUAUUCCCUUUGCUUGUCCAGAAGCCUCAUACGAUUUCUGUAGGAUCGAUUUUAUUAUAUUGAUCAAACUCUGGGGACCAGAAUAAAGAGCUUAGGUGGGGGUGGCCUGCUGUGAAUUGCCAAAAAAAGAGGACAUGCACCACCGCAAAAGAGGACACUAAUUCACAUAAAAUUUGCACGUGCUAAUUUAUAUGAAUAGAGGCCAGCUUAGAAAUCAUUAUAAUUCGAAUAGAAAUGUGGUCCAUUUCACCACAGUGUGGAAGAUUCUGACCAGGUGCUAACUAUUGUUGGGCAACUUUAUCGCUCAGCUCUUCCUUCUUAUGGUUCUUUAUCUAUAAACUGGGAUUGGACAGGACUGCCCUUCAAAUAGAGGACCGUCCUCUAUAAAAGAGGCCACCCGGCCUGUGCGGAGCUGUGUCAUAUUUAUAGGUGCCAACUCAAAGUUCUUGGGGCCCUAGAGCGGGAGUCUUUCUCGACCCAGUUCCCCAAAAGAGAGAAAGAUGACGACAAAGAUGACGACAACGGAAGGGUCUUCAACGGCCGUGGGUCUUCCGUUCCCCUCCGCCCAGGAGGAAGGAGGAGGUGCAGGAAUAAAAACAGAGGAGCAGGUUGAGCCAGAGUCAGGGGAAGGAUCGGAGGAAAAAGAGAAAACUCCUCACGUCAUCCAGUCGGGGACUCUGAGAGAGUUUUUGAAAUGGGCAGCACCUCAGCAGAUAAAACAAGAACCGGAAGAGGUUCUUCCCGAGCACUGGGAGGCCCAGUGGAGGGAAUUCUUGAAGGCGAUGCAGGCUGCUCCGUCGGAGCCCUCCUCCCCUGCUGGUAAGUCUCCUUUGAACCGCUGCCAACGGACCGCGGACCGUGUCCACCGCCACCAUCCCCGACCGAGCGGAGAAGGAGGAGCAACAGGAGCCCCUCUAGGCCUCCGAGGCGAAGCCAAACGGGGCCGGGGCAACCUGAGCGCCAGAGGCAACAAAGGCUCUCGCCGGAAGAUCAAGGCAACCCUCCUGGAGAGGACGGAGACGCAACGCCAGCGUUUCCGGACGUUCUGCUUCGAGGAGGCGAAGGGCCCCCGAGAGGUCUGCAGACGGCUUCGUGAGCUCUGCCACCAGUGGCUGAAGCCGGAGAGCCGUACCAAGGAGGAGAUCCUGGAGCUGCUGAUCCUGGAGCAGUUCCUGUCUGUCCUGCCCCAGGAGAUGCAGGGCUCCGUCAGGGAACGGGGCCCAGAGUCCUGCGCCCAAGCCGUGGCCCUGACGGAGGGCUUGUUGCUGAAACAGCAACGAGGGCCCAAAGGAAGAGGGCCUCGCAAGGUGCCAAGUUCUUUUGAAGAUGGAGCAGUCGGCCCCUCCCGGGCACGACGAGUUUCAGCAGAUACUGGACAGAAGCCAGCCAAGCUGGAGAGCAGUGGAGAUGUUAGCCCAUUGGGCCACUGCAGGGCUGGUGGUGGCGCUGUGGAGAAGAAAGCUAAUCGUGGUGCGGGGAAUGGGUCUUGCAGCCCACUGACGACCCAACAAGGAGAUGGUAACUUGCAAAGCACUGAGAGUGGGAAAAGGGCCCGUCGGACACCCAACUUCGUCUCGCGCCAGAAAGGCCACGCAGCACAGAGUCCCCAUCAGUGCCCCGAUUGCGGAAAGCGCUUCACUCAGCGCUCAAGCCUCACAAUUCACCGGAGAAUCCACACGGGAGAGAAGCCCUACCCGUGCCCAGAGUGUGGGAAAUGCUUCCGACAGAGCUCGAACCUUCUCAAACACCAGAGAAUCCACUCGGGAGAGAGGCCCCAUCAGUGCCAGGAUUGCGAGAAAUGCUUCGCCCAGCGCUCGCACCUCCUCAUCCACCAAAGGACCCACACGGGGGAGAUGCCUUACGUCUGCUCCAAGUGCGGGGAAAGUUUCAGCCAGCACCGAGGCCUCAUCGCUCAUAAGAGAGUCCACACCGGAGAGACCCCUGGAGGCUACGGCUGUCCAGACUGUGGGAAACAUUUCCAGCAGAAUUCGGAUCUUAAUAAGCACCUGAGAAUUCACACCGGGGAGAAGCCCUACAGCUGCCCAGAAUGUGGGAGACGUUUUCGCUACAGCUCCAAUCUUAGUAAACACCAGAGAACCCAUAAGGGAGAGAAGUCUUAAGUCUUCAAAUGAGUGCGGGAAAAGCUUCAGCCACUUACAGCAUAAUCCUACACAUGUUUAGACAGCAAAAAGUCCUACAACUCCCAGUACCUCAGCCAGCCAACUCCCAGCAUGGCUAGCUGUGGCAUGCUGGGAAUUGUAGGACUUUUUUCUGUCUAAACAUGCAUAGGAUCAUGCCCUUACGACUCAGAAUAUGUACCAAUAAGUCCAUACGGGAGAGAGGCCCUACAGGUGCAUGGACUGUGGCAAGACAUCUAUAUCCAGCUCUAAACUCACAACACACAUGAGAAUCCAUUCGGGACACACUCUGUACAUCUGCAAUGAAUGUGGGAGAAGUUUCAGUUCGUACGCUGCCUACGCUACAUCAGAGACUUCACUGUAUGACUUUGAUAUUUUGAUUGUUGUAUUUUGUUUGGUUGGUUGGUUAGCUAUUUUAUUGUUCGUUUUGGUUUUUUAUGACUGUAAACUACCCCAAGGGGAUCUGCCAGUUGGGCGGUAUACAAAUGUAAUAAAUAAAUA